AUGCAACGCAUCGUUGAUGCCCUGGACGCACAAAUAGCAACGGAGGAGCGCAUCAACAGCAUGGUGAGUAGUGACAUCAACAGGGAUACAGAACGCUGUAAUGAUUUCAAGAAGGGAAGCCAGGGAAAAACAUCACACAACCAAAAUUGCACAUUUUGUGGGUCAAUAGAACACAGAACUGCAAGCUGUUCACGUUACAGCACCAUCACGGAAAGACGCAAUUUUCUACAAGAACACGGCAUGUGCCUGAAUUGUGGGCGCGAAGGUCAUUUCGCAUCAAACUGCACAAAAGAGGGAUGUAGAAACUGUCAAGGGAAGAAACACUUUUCACGCAUUAUGUCCUCGGAGGCAAACAAAUGUAUCCCAGGCGAAACAGUUCACGCCAAAAACGCCAACAAAACCGCGCACCCGAUCCAGUUUUUUACCACAAGCCAAGGGGAACAAGAUACAAACAAGGCACGGGCGGACUGUAAUCCUAACUUUACGGUGUCACACCAAGGAACACCAAGGAAGAAUGUGUUUCUCCUAACCGGAGUAGUAGCGCACAUAUGGAAUACAAAACGGCAAGAACUGCAAUCAUCCUUUAUAAGCCAGAGAUUAACGAAGGACCUAGGACUCGAGUGUAUGGAACUUUCGCCCCAACCUAGGAGUAUACCUUUAGGGGCGAAUAAUCUGAAAAUUGCAAAAUGCGCGGUGACGUCCAUAGAAUUGUGGGACAACAAAGGGAGAAGUGCACAAAAUGCGGCUGUAUUCAACGCCAAUCUUAACCGGAAAAGGACAAAUUAA